AGUUCGCAGAGGAGACCUUUACGAAACAUUGUGCAAUUGGUUGGAAUUUGACAAGACUCAACUUAAAUCUCGCCGAUUGGAACAUAUAGAGGUAACGAACGAUAAUCAGUCAAGUGCGUGCGGGUGACGUUUGCGAUUAGUUACGUGCAGACAGUAUCGAAAUGCGCACCGUAUUUUUCGGCUGACGGCAAAACUGCCUUCGUGAAGCUGGCGAAAAGCGGCCUUCCGUUUUCUGUUCCGUUCACGCACUUCGCCUUGUUCCUGUUUCGCGCAUCGUGUAUUUGGGAACGGCGAAUAUUUCGAGUCAUUCCCACUAACUGUGUUGCGUUCUCCACAGAAAAAUUCUUCAAGGAGUUCGACUGAACAUUGAUCUCACAUCACUUUCGACUUUCGGAUGAUUGAACGAGAUAAACAAGAUCGUUGCUUGAAUUCGCUCAAGACGGUAUACGGUGACAAUUUCACCGGAUAACGCAUGAGGAAAAAAAUGAAGAUUUUCGUUUCGUUCGUCCGUUUAUCUUAAACGUCACGAUGGACUACGAGAUACCUCGCGACUUACAGAUGCCUUAUCUACAGGCGAUCCAAAAGAUACCGGGUGAUACCGCUGGUGAGAAAUGGAGUUGGAUCGGAAGAUUGACUUUACACCAGACCAGCGAAGAUCUUGAGCAACUUCAACCGGAAUUGCUACCUAUACUGCGUGUGGAAACUGCUGUCAGAAAGAAGAGGCACGAGGAUAUAACGUUGGCGCUCAAAUGUGAAGAUUGGACAAUAAUAAAUCGGGCUUUCAAGGCCUCCUGGUUCUUCGACAGCAGCUACAAGAAGAUCGUCGAUGUCUCGUAUUUCUGCGAACGUCUGUUCCCUUACGUUUCCGUGAACACAAGAACGCGUAUUGUGCUUACGCUUGCGCGUCGAUUAACCGGUAAGAAUCCAAUUUUCGCGCAACAAAUGUUUACAGCAGUAUCAUCUAUUUACGGUAUUCAAACCGCUUGCCCGUUGAUCGUGGCUUGCGACGAGGCUUUCGUUUAUAAAACGAUCGUAGAAAAGGAACUCGUGCUGCCCGUAGACAUUGUUAAAAAGAUAUUCCGCAAUAAUCCGGAUUUGAUAGUGGGUUUUCUCAAAUUAUUAAAACCCCGUGAAUUAAACGCGACUAAGCGCACUCCUUUCGCGAUCGGCAUCGAUAGAUACAAGUCUUUCCUACCUAAAUUAAUAAAGAAGCGACUCGACGCUUUCGUGGAACUGUGCGAGAUACACGAAACCGAUCUGCCGAAUAUUGUUUUGAGUAAGACGUGUGCCGAGAUAUUUCUAAAAAAAGCUCAGCAACAUCUGAUAAAGAAACCGCUUUUGUACAUCCGAAUCUUACCACCUAAGAAGAUCAAGGAGGAUUUAAUGGAAAAUAUAUUUCCAGGUUUGUUGCCCGCAGAAAUUUUUUCCUUUGAUACGGAUAGCGUUCUUGAUUACUUGAAGCAUUACCCACGUGAUAAAAAAUACGAUUUACUCAGUAAAUCCUAUAAAAGUAAAUAUCACGCUGAUCUUCUCGACGAGAGGAAAAACGUGACGCCCGACUUAUUACAAUUAUUACCUGCAGAGGAACGGAUCAAACAGGCUAGGAUCAACAUCGAGAAACAGAAGUUAUUAUUAGAGGAGAAUGAUGAAGAUAUUGAAGAUACGAUGGAUUACAAAAAAGCUUGGAUUUGUUAUUUAUCUGUUAACGAAGCUAUACCGGUUCUUAAGGAGAGAAUAAAUAAAACUCCAAAUGAAUCACACAGACUACAUGGUUUGAUUUUACAAAUGAUUUACGUUUGUAAGAUUAACGAGGAUGACGAUGCGUUGUGCAAUACCUUGACGUAUUUCUUGAAUAGACAUAAAAACGAAAACUCUUGGCCCUCUUGGCUAUUCAAACGAGUGUUUGAUGAGCUCUUGCAAAUAUACGAUGUACCUUAUUUAAGCGAGAAGCAGAUCUCUCUUGUACUUGACAUUGUCCGAUUGUUUUAUAUAAAAAAUAAAUUUGGACCGGACGAUUUACUCGCAGCUAUAAUACAUUUCAAACUUAUACACAACAUGCCAAUUGAGGAGUCGAUUAACAUGCUUGUAGAAGAAAACCAAUGGGACGUAAACUUCAACAUAUUAAAAGAAUAUCCACAAUAUGAGAGACAAUGCCUCGUAACUUUUGCAAAUGUCCUUCAAAAAAAAUCUAUCAAAGAUCUUGAUGUAAAAAGAUACAACUUUUGCAGCUACGUUGCAUCAAUAUAUGAUUUCAACGAUAGAUGUAAAAAAUCGUGCAUCAAUAUAGAAGAAAUGACAAUUAGAGAUUAUUCUUGGCUUAUGGAUGCUAUUCUCGAAGCGAUACGUUCCGAUAAAGAUACGCGAGAUGUAGAAGACACAUUGCAGAAAAAAGAACCGGAACUGUACCGUAGUUGGUUUCCUGAAGAUAUCGUGAAUGUAACGUCAGGCGCAGCGCUCGCUUUAUUGAAUCGAGAUUUACAAAAUAUACUGGACAAUUGGGAAAAAUACUUAGCCGAAUGCAUGAAGAACUGCCAUAUCAAAAGUGUACAACACGUCAAGGCCACGCGUUGGUACAAAGACUUACCUACUAAAUUUGUUGAUCAGUGCAUGAAUUAUAUCUAUGAUAAAAAUGCAGAUGAAAUAUCAUCCAGCGUAGUUAUUCUGGCCAUUCUACUUCACGGUGAUGUGGUGACAAAAAUAAUCGAUUCUUUUAUACCUACGGAAACAACGGUGGAUACUAGUAAUUACAAGAUCGUGCAAAAUUUACCAUUGAGCGUGAGACUUUCUAAUACGCCAGUACCUCUCAAUCUUGUAGUUAGAUUGUGUGAAGGGGAUUACUUAUCAACAGCUCUGAUGACACUAACGAACGUAUGUAAACGGACUGCUUUGCCAAAAGUGAUGUCAAUCGUGCAAAAGUUAAUGAGUAUGCGCGUGAGCACGCGAAAACAUGGGGUCAGGCUGAUGUGCUUAGUAGCUUCCGUGAGUGAACUCUCAGAUUUUCUCCAGAAAACAUGGGCGAUUGAGAACCAUCAUUCAGUACGACAAGUUCUGUUCAAAGCGCUCCAGAAUUUCUUCCUUACGAAGCCAAGUCCCGAAACUGGGUCCCUAUAUUGUCAAGCUAUGUCGACGUUAAGUCUCCAGGACGAACUUUUGCUUUCGGAAAUAAAGUUAUUUCCUGAGAUUCCCAAUGAAUACAUCUUGAAAUACCUCGAGCUGUGGCUCAAAACGAUAGGUGAUCUUCAAGAACUGGGACUGGAUGACCAAAAGACAAACAAAUACAUCGCCAAUUGCUUGGCGACGCUCACUGCAUCCGUUUUCAACCUGCUACCCGAAGAAUUUACCGAGAAUAUACUUCGAAGAUUUUUAUUCCACAUCAAUACUAAUGUAUCCGAGGCAGCGAGACGCUUCACAAUAUCGUACAUUUUACCAGACAAUGGGGAUAAAAAUACCGCACGUAUCAAAGUAUUUGCCGAUGUCUUCAACAAAGCAGUGACAACUUAUUGGGACGUGCCGCAUCCUAAUAAAUUACGCUUCUAUCCGAUCAACAGUGCUGUGCGUUUAUUUAUAGACGAUUUUAUUGUCAGCUAUGUUGAUAAGUCUUGUUUCAAUAAGCCUGUUAACUCAGAGAUCAUCGAUAAUAUGCAAACGAUAUUUUUAUCUGUCUUAUCACCUAGACAGGACGCGAGGUCUUAUUUGCUGUUGGUGUACGCGAAGAAGUUGCAAGAAUGCACAUUAACCAAGACUUCCCUUGGCCUGAGACUCGGUCAACAGUUGCACGAAUUAAGUGAUGUCUUUUCGUCACUAUUAGUUCCGUUUAUGGCCAAGGUUCUCGAAGACUUCCUAAGAUGCGUAUAUAAACAUACCGACUUGGAAGAAGUCAAGUUUAGUGUCAUAGAAGACCUCAUUGAAGCUGGUAAUACGGAUUCCUGUUUUAUGGCUGUGACAAUGUUACCGUCGACAAUCCAGACGAAACACCUGGCAAGAUAUGAUCGACUCGUUGAAAAAUUCCGAGAAAUGGAGGAGCCUACUGUUACCAUUUUAUACGAUCAUUUAAACGAAACGGACUUAAAAACUGUUGAUGAUUAA